UCUAUUCUCCUACCCUAUCCUCACCUCACUUUCUCUCACUAGAUGGCCAAAAUCAAACCAGUCAAACGCAACUUAGACUCCUACACCAUCAGAGGCACCAACACAGUCGUCAAACCUGGAGAUUAUGUGUUGUUGCGAUCACCGGAGAGCGAUACUACUCCUUAUGUGGCUCAGAUGAAGAAGAUCCAGAUAGACAAUGAAAAUAACGUGACAGUUUGCCUAAGGUGGUAUUACCGGCCGGAGGAUUCCAUCGGAGGUCGUAAACUGUUCCAUGGUGCGAAAGAACUGUUCUUGUCCGACCACUACGACUUUCAGAAUGCUUUAACGAUUCAAGGCAAGUGUAUGGUUCAUUCUUUGAAGAAUUACACCAACUUAGAGAAAAUUGAAGCUGAGGAUUACUAUUGUCGAUAUGAAUACAAAGCUGCAACCGGUGUUUUUGUACCUAGUCGCGUUAGAGUGUAUUGUAAAUGCAAAUUGCCCGAAAACCCUGACCUUUUGAUGGUGGAGUGUGAGGAAUGCAAAAACUGGUACCAUCCUUUUUGUCUUGAGAUGACUAUUGAUCAAGCAAAACAAUUAGAUCCGUUUAUGUGUUCUGAUUGUAAUGGAGAGGAGUUAAAAAGAUCGAGGAGAAAACAUAAUAAAGAAUAUAAUAGCAACAUAGGAAGUAUAACAUUGUGGUUAAUCAUAAAUUCAUUAUUCUCUUCUUCUACCAAGCGGUGGAAAAUCUUCAAAGAUCAUGUACAAGGUCUUACGGUCAAGCCAUUAUCACAAACACGAUGGGAAAGUCAUGUUGAAAGUGUGAAGCCCAUAAAAGACCAGACUUUAAAAAUACGAGAUGCUUUAAUUGAUUUGGCAAACACUUCUUGUGACUCAAAAAUAAAGAGUGAAGCUGAGGGUUUGGCAUCAUUUGAACUUGAGAAUUUUGAAUUCCUAACCGGAAUGAUAAUUUGGUACAAGUUAUUAUAUGAGAUUAACAUUGUCAGUAAGUUUCUCCAAUCAGAAAAAAUGGAUAUUGAUGUUGCUAUUAGACAGUUAAAGGGGCUUAUUUCUUUUCUCCAAGAGUUUAGAGAAUCUGGAUUUGAUCAAGUCUUGGUUGAAGCCGAACAUAUUAUAAGUGAAAUGGGAAUUGAACCUAUUUUCCGAAAAAACGCAUCAUUCGGAGAAAGAGACAAUUUGAUGAUAUUAACAGUGAAGAGGUAA